CUACGAUCGUCGGGGCGCCGUGAGAUAGACGGACCAUGGGAUACCGGUCACAGCCGGUGGAUCGGGAAUCGAAACGAUUGUGCACGCGUUCGCGGUUGUCGCGAUAAAAGUCCGAGCAACGAUCGUCGUACGAAGGAAUUUGCAAACCUGAUGAAGCUUACGACGACCAGUGUCGCGACAAGUUUGACGACGGGCGAGAGAAACGGCGAGACGAGGUGUGACAGUGUCGUAGGCGCCACGGAACGAACAUCGAAAGAUGCGGCCAGUGAUCGCGACGACGGUGCGUUCGCGAGGAGCGUGAUCGAGGAGAUCGACGCGAUCGAUGCCGCGUCCUGGCGAAACUCGCGCAGCAACGUCGUCGAUACUCGGUGAAAGUCAGCGUGACGUGAAACUCUGUCCCCGUGCAGGAACGGAGCCAGCGCGCGAUCCGCGCCUCUCGUUGUUCCGUUCCGCUCGAGCCAUACGUGGAAAUCGUUUUGACGAUAAAAUGGAUAGGAUCCGGAUAGCCAGAUCGACGGGAAUGCCGAUCAUCGCCGUUCUGUUGGUGCUACUGCGCCCCGUAGCGGCGCAGGGUCGCGUGGAGGAGACGCAGAUGGACACGCACGAGGGGUCCACGGUGCAGCUGCAGUGUCGUUUCUCCCCGCCCAGGGAGAACGUGACGUGCUUCUGGUUGACGCACACGAACGACAAUCACGACAACGCGGCGGUCGAGAAUCGCGAACUGUCGCCGCAGUACAAGGUGUUCAUGAAUCUGGAGGAGGGUCGGUACGAUCUGCAGAUACGUAACGUCUCGUACGAGCGAGACAACGGGAAGUACGAGUGCCGGGUGAAGGCGAACGGCGCCGGGAUCGACCUGCACCGGAAGUUCAUCACUCUGACGGUGCUCAGGGCGCCGGGGCCGCCGACGAUCUCGCCGACCUCCGCGUCCGCCACCGAGGGCCAGAAGCUCGAGCUACAAUGCAACACGAACGGCGGCAGCCCCGAGCCGGAAGUGAGGUGGUACCGCGGCAACGAGACCGCUGUGCUUCACUCCGGCAGGACGUUGUUAGUCGAGCCGAAAAAGGAGGACGACAGAGCGACUUUUCGUUGCGUGGUGAGGAACCGCGCCAUGCGGGACGGCGAGACGCUGAACGCGACGGUGACGCUCGACGUGAACUAUUUCCCGCGGGUCACCGUCGGCCCGGAGAACCCGUUGAAGGUCGAGGUGAACGGAACCGCGAACCUCGAGUGCCAGGUGGACUCGAAACCGGCGGUCGGUAUGGUAAGAUGGUGGCGAGAUGGUAGUUUCGUCGCCACCAGCUUUCAGCACACCAUCAGAAGGGUGACCGUGCAGGACUCGGGCAAGUACACCUGUCAGGCGGACAACGGGCUGGGCGAGAGGGGCGAGAACUCGCUGAUAGUGGACGUUCUUUAUCCGCCCACCGUGUCGAUCGAGGGCGACGCGAUCAGGAUCGCCGAGGUCGAGGACACGGUCACCGUCCACUGCAACGUCACCGCUAAUCCACCGCCGUCCGUGAUCGAGUGGCUGCGCGAGGGUCGACAGGAUUUUCGGCAGAUCGGCUCGAUUCUUCGAUUGAGCCGGGUCGUCGCCGACCACGCCGGAAACUAUACGUGCCGGGCGGUGAACACGAUAUAUCCGUCCGGCGGCGAGCGUAGGAAUUAUUCGGCCUCCGCCCGGUUAACUGUAAGAGUCAGGCACAAACCGGGCCCAGCCAGGGUCACGCCUGACUCGCCCGUAGCCGUCGAGGGAUCCAGAGUGAUCCUCACCUGCAUGGCCAGUCCGGCCGGCUACCCGGAGCCCAGGUACAAAUGGUGGAAAGAGGGAGAUGCCGGGACGAUAUCGAUGCCCUCGGAGAACACCGGGCCCAGAUACGAGAUCGACUCGGUUCAUCUGGGCAGCGAGGGCACGUACAAGUGCCACGCCACCAACGAGAUCGGCAACGGAGAGGCUGCCUCCGUCAACCUGACGGUCCAUCAACCGCCCAAGAUACUGACCAAGCUGCAACCCCACGUUACCAGAAAGGUCGGCGAGUCGUCGUUCCAGGUGUCGUGCGUGGCUCAGGGUAAACCUCGUCCUAGCGUGCGAUGGCUGAAGGACGAUCAGGAACUGACCGCGGACGAGCGGCUGUACAAAGUGACGAGCACCGCCUCCGAGGGUCACGGGAACGUGAUCACCGUGAACUCGACGUUGAGCUUCCUCGGGCACGCCAGGCCACAGACCGACGAGAUCGUGGCCAGCGAUCGGGGCAAGUACACCUGCGUGUUCGUGAACGAGGUGAAGAAGGUCGAGUCGACGAUGAUGCUGAAGGUGGAACACGAACCGAUCGCCCUGCACCAGCACGGGAAGGUGGCGUACAAUUUGAGGGAGACGGCCGAGGUGGCGUGCAAGGUUCAAGCCUGGCCCAAACCCGAGUUCCAAUGGAGCUUCGGGACGAACGCCGCGAGUCUCCAGGGUUCCUCGAGCGACGGCCAUUACGAGAUCUCCACCAGCAGCGACAAUUACGACGUGUACACGUCCAUGCUCCGGAUAACCAACAUCCGCGAGCUGGAUUACGGGGAUUACAGCUGUCGUGCGGCGAACGCUCAAGGUAGCAUCACGUCCAGCAUAAAAUUGCAGCCGAAAGGUGCCCCGGAAAGGCCCAUCAACAUCUCCGCGAUGGACGUUGGGCCCACCCACGUGGCUCUGCUCUGGGAGCUGGGUUUCGACGGCGGAUUGCCCAUCACCAAGUACUUCGUAUCCUAUAGACGGGUGCCCGGUGGCGACGAAAUCGUGGCGCCCGAUUGCGCCGUCCCCAGGCCACCCGCGGGCCAGUGGCUCGAGCUCGACUGUCGUCGGUCCAAUCCCUGCAACGUGACCAACCUGGAGCAACACCAGACAUACACGUUCAAGGUGAAGGUGUACAAUACGAAGAACCACUCGGACUACUCCGACGAGGUGACCGCGACCACCGCCGUGGCGAAGAUCCCCGCGCCUCUCAGGGUUAGCUACGAUCCCGAGAGUGGUAUGCUGGGCAUCAGCGUGGGCGCCACUUGCCUCUCGCUGGUCGCCUGGAUCGAGAAGCUGGACGCGCCCUCGCCCACCGGUGAAUCUCAGUGGAAGAUCAUGGACGAGUGGCCGCUCGAGGUGCUGGGCAGCGCGCCCACGCAGAGGGAAGGCGUCCUGGACGACCCGGAAGCCAUCGAGGCCGAGCCCAGGAUCAGAGUCAGACUGUGUCUGAAAGCAGACAGGCAGAAAUGCGGCGAGUACUCCGAGGCUGAGAUCGGACCACCGUACAUAGCGCAAGCUGGAGCACUGGCGACGCCCACCCUGAUCGCCCUGGUGGUCAGCGGUGCCGUCUUCCUCCUCUUCGCCGCGCUGCUGUUGCUCUUUUGUCGGUGUCGCCGGAAACACGCCACCAAGGCCAAGGAUUACGAAAUGGACUCGAACGCGGUACGACCGAGCCUCGUCGUGGGAAACGGUCAACAGAGCCAGGCGCCGCCGCCCUACUACGCGGAGAACAAAGCCCUCGAGCACAGUCUGGAUCACGCCUUGGCCAUGGAGGACUCCAAGACCCCGGCGUACUCUCAGCCCGGAUACGGUUACCACCAACCGAAUCACAAUAUCAAUGGUGUGAACAUGGGCUACAUGGACAACAGCUACUCGAACUCGAAUAACGGCGGGUCCGUGAACUCUCAAGACUCCAUCUGGCAGAUGAAGUCGGCCGCCGCGAACGGAGUCGGCCAAGCUUACGACCUGGCCGGCUACGCAACCACCGAGUCGGAUUACCCGACCCACCCUCAUUACCUCCCGCAGAGGGAGGAUUACCGGGAAAGCCAUAAUCUAAGUCGACAGCAGUUUUGCUCGGAACCAUUCGCCACCGUCGUAAAGUCUCAAAAACACGUCGAUUCGCCUUACGACGUGUCCGGUCUACCUUAUCAGGAGAACUACGACGAGGACGCGAAGCCGCCUCAGCAGGUUAGCCUGUCGUACGACGAGAGCCUCGAGUCGGGCUACUCGACCCCCAACAGCCGUGGCCGCAGGAUCAUCCGCGAGAUAAUCGUUUGAGAUCUGCCUACCGGCUCGCGAGCCGGAACCACGCGCACCACUUGGCUAUAGCAGGAGGCUGCACCCACCGGCCACUAUCACCCGGUGGACAAUACCCGCGAUCCUCUACGCCAUCGUAUGGAGAUCGUGAUC